AUGCCACAUCAUAAGUCAUCUCCUGAGGCAACUGCUACAUUGUUUGUUGGAGAUGUGAGUCGAGAUGCAUCGGAAGAUGGAAUCAAACGUGCAUUUAGCUAUUAUGGUAAAAUAAAAAACGUUUGGUUAUCGAGAUCACCGUGGGGAUACGGUUUUAUCGAUUUUGAAGAUGGAAGAGAUGCAUCAGAUGCAUUGAAAGCAUUAGAUGGACGAACUGUUUGUGGUGGACGCAUUCGAGUUGAAUUUUCACAUGGAAGAGGAAAGGGUCGACGUAUACCAACGAAUUUGAGACGACCAUUCAAUCCACAUGAUGAAUGCUAUGAAUGCGGAGAUCGUGGUCAUUACGCUUACGAUUGUGAACAACGACUAAGAAAAUUAAGACAAUCACCACGAUCUGCUGUUGGUCGAUUUCGUAGCCGUAGCCCUGGUCGCAAACGAAGAAGUCGAAGUAAAUCUGCUCGUAGUAGAAGUACAAGUAAAAAUAGAUUACAUCACAAGAACUCGUCAAUCAAGGAUAAAAAAUAUCGGGCAAACUCCAUCUUAAAUCAAAUCGUGAAUGAUGUACACGUAACUACGAAUCUGUCACGCGUACAAUAUUUUGCAAAAAUAAUUCGAUUUUUAUUUCAAAAACAAGUUUACAAUAUGAUACAAUUUAUAUAA